AUGAGAAGAGAGAAACAAAUAAGGGUGCAAACAAUGAGUGAUGAGCAUGCAUCUCCUGUAAAACUACCAUCUGUGUAUUAGAUCAAUAAGACAAUAUAAGGAGAAGAUGGAACUGUUUUUGCAAUGAAUCAAUUAUUGAGCAGAGCAAACCUUGGGACAAGUAAUAAGACUGUUAGAACCUUAUUAAAGAUUACAAAUGAGUAGAGUGAAAGAAAGGAUUUGUAAUUAUUAUAAUAAUGGAUCGAUUCAAUGGUGCAACAAAUUCAAAAGCAGCACUUCUAUAGUAUAACAGAGUUCUAUGAUAAAAUGGAAUUGAUAUAUUCUGGUUCAAUAGGAUAACUUUGUCAACAGUUGUCUGUGAAAUGCAAUGACUAUUCUUAAUUGAUUGAUAAGAUAUGGACUCAAUUUACAGGCACUGUUAAAGAGAUUAUAGAUAAAUAGUCCAGAACAAAUCGUAAAUUGGAAAAGGAGAGUUUGGCAAACACAAUUAAGAUCCAUGAGAGAUAUUAGAACUCAAUGACUGAGAAAGUACAACGAUUGCAAGAGGCAGAAAAAUAAUUAAAACGUAAUACAGAAUACGUGGAAAAAUUGAAUAAGGAGAACAAGUAUCUACGAAAGAAGACGAAUACCUUUCAAACAUAAAUCACUAGUCUCAAUAACGAUAUUGAAUUGUUGAAAUUGCAAUUAGAGGAUUUGAAUAAAGAAAACGAAACACUUAAAUUAUUUUAAUAAGUCAGGCAUUCUACUGAGAAUCUGACAGCAGAUUACGAAGAGGAGUUAUAUAAAGCAAAGAAGGAGAUAUUCGAUGAUUUUAAAUUAGUGUUUGAAGAAUAGACUCGUAAAUUUGAAGAAGCAUAUCAUAAUAAAAUGUUAGAAUUGGAAAGAGGAAAUGAUGAUAAGGCUAAAAAAGAUGAGAAUUUAAUGGAAGAAUAUGAGGAGAUUCUCUUCAAAGAUAAAUGUGUUGGUAAUCAUAAGGACUUUACAGAUUCACAAGCAGAUACUAUAGAUUUAAUAUAAACCUAGGAUUGCUCAGUCUAAACUAUUUACUAGAAGAAAAAAAUCUUUGAAUAGGGAACUCAGACCUUACCACCUCAACAAUGUAAUUAAGCUUGUGAAGCAAAUUAUGCAAUUAUUAAAAGAGAGUGCAUUCCCAGAAAUAGUGAUGAAUAAACUUAUUUAGAAAUGUCACGAUAUCCGAUCAAAGCAUUUAUUGAUGACUACUAUCAAUUGUAUAUAGAGAAAGUUGAAAUAGAAAAGAAGACAUUUCCUGAUGUAUUUGAAAGUGUUCUCGACCAACUCAAAUUUCGAUCAUCUUAACUGUUCAACAUUAUGAAGAUGAAGGAAGAAUUCUUUGCAGAUGAUUUCUAUGAAGUAGAUUAAUACGUACAGAGUUCUUAUUCUGUUUUUGUAUUUUUAACACAUCACUUUCAAGAAAUCAUUCGUAAAUUGAAGGAUGAAUUGAUUGCUCGAAAAAUUUAGAUCUUCGAAACUCAAAUUGAUUGUAAACAAGCUGUUCGAUAAAAGAAUCAAAUUCAAAAGAGAUUAGAUAUCUUGAGUAACAAAUAUUAAUCGUAAGUCAAGAAUUACAAUUUUAUUGAAAAGCAAUUUAAAUCAGUCUCCAGAUUCAUCCCUCAAUAUCAAUAAGAUUAAAUACGUCGGAAAGCCUAAAAACAUAAAAUUCAUUUAGAAUUCCCAAAAGCAUAUUCACCUACUCCAAACCCUCUGAUUACAAGCACUAAUAAUUUGAAUCCUCCAGCACAACAGGUAUUUAUCAAUAGUUCCAUUUCUCUCUUGCCUCCUUAACACUAAAGUACAAGUCCAAACUUAUUGCUAUCUGCAAAUCCUAAGCAUUCAUUUGGGUUCUUUCCACCAAUGACUCCUUUAGAACCUUAAUAAGAUAAUAGUCUUCCUUAACGUAAUUCCUUGGUUGAAUUAAGUUAUGAUUCACCAGAACCCCCUGAAAUGCUUUCGCCUCAAAAACCCCUAAUAACAUUGAAUUGUAUUAUUUUAUUCUAUCAAGUCUUUCCUGAUAAUAAAUUCGAAGAGUCAUCAAGUUCUUCAGAAGAAGAAGUGGAUUUAUCUGAAUGUCUAAAUCCUGUAAAAAAUCUACUGUCAAUCGAAAAGAAAUUGUUUGUGUAUAGAUGUCCAAGCAAAAAUACUUAGAUCGCAACACAAACCCUAUUAUAGGAAAUUCAAUAAUUUAGAAGAGAUAAAAUAGAAAAUAUUGUUACUUAAGGUACAUUGAUAAAAACACUAUCAAAUUUUGUGUCUUGGUGUUUAAAGUUUAAUAAAUUCAAUUAUCCUAUGCAUAUCUAAUUAUAUGAGUAUUUUUCAAGUGAGAAUUAAUCAUAACCAUAAAAUGUUUGGCUAGGCAAAGUGGCAAGAGUAAUUAAGUCAAUAAUCUACUAUAAAAGAAAGAAUGAUUCAGCCAGACUAUUUCAUGCUAUGCUGGUCGGAGAUUUAAGUUUCCUGAUUUACUUAUAAAUCUUGAGCAAUAUUUAAGGCAUUAACUUCUAAGACACUGGUAUUUCAGUUCUACAAUCCUAACUGGCUGAUCAAAUUAAGAGUAUACAGAAACUGCCUCAAUAUAUUGAUUAUGAUUAGGAGAUCUCCCAUCAUCUAGGACCUAUGUAAGAUGUCAAAAUUCAGGAAUUGCUCCUAAAAUAUUCAAUUAUCUUACAAAUUUUUGCAGAAGAGGGGGAAAGAUUAACUUAGAAUUAAUUCAGGUUGCUCAUGCUUGAACUUGAUAGUAAGAAGGAAGAACAAUGUUACAUUAAUAUUUUUAAUUCUGAAUGUGAUAUUGAACAAUCUUCUAUACAAUACAUAUCUUUUUAAAGAUUUGCUGUUAUUUGUGAUGAACUUUAAUUGCUAUAGGGGUUAGAUGAUUACUUAGCUAAAAAUGAUGCCUAAUAUUUUAAGGAUUCUGAUCUAUGGAAAUUGAGGGAAAUCGAAUUAAAAUUAAUGAUGAUCAGAAGUCACAAUUACGAUGCGUCAGAAAGAGAUCUCUUUUAUAGAAUGCACAAAUUGCAUCAGCCUCCUUAACGCAUAAUAUUAGGAAGGUUCUUGGAAAGAAGAGCUAAAGAAUUAUUACUCUAGAAAUAUACAUUAGAGUGUUUGGCACCUUUUAUGUUACUUUUCGAAUCAUGA